AUGUAAGAAAACAAAAUUAAGAAAAACAGAAUUAUUCAUUCAUCAUUUUUAAAAUUACUUUAUUAAAUUCUGGAGGUUUAGUAAAUUAAUAAUAUAGAAUCAAGAGUAUGAAAAUACAAUCAGAUGGAAUGAUUUGGGAGACAAAUUUAUCAUUUUAGAUAAAGCUACUUUUAUAUAAAAAAUACUACCAAAAUACUAUAGACAUUAAAAGUAUUCUAGUUUCUUAAGGUAUUUAAAUAUGUAAUUUAAGAUAAUUAAACCUUUAUGGAUUCUAAAGAACAUGUACUGAAAGAAAUAAUUCGUGCUACUAUAACACAUAAUUUACUAAGUAUAAUCCAAACUUAUAAAUGAAAAAGAAAUAAAGAAAAUAACAUUCAUUUAAUGAGUUUGAAACUUCUUUUUUGAAAAACUAAAUGAAUUAAAUUAAGAUGAGUUAAUAAUUAUUAAAAUAAUAAAUAGAUGGAUGUUUAUAAUCAGUUGAUAAAAUGUCUAGUCUAACUCAAUAUUUAAUAAAUGUAAAAAUUAUAUUAAUUUACUUAGUUAUUAUUUGAAACUAAAAUAUAAACAUCUAAUUAAGCUAAAUCUAUAUUAAAUGCAACCUUAAAAAUAGUUUAAGGAAUGUUGCCUCAAUUUUGUAAAUAAUUUAUAAUAAUAUUUAAGGUCUAACAUUUUAGGAAUUAUUAGAAAUUACAUUUCCUUCAAGUGAAAUCUUAUAACUUGAAAAUGCUAUGUCAUAUUUCAAUAAAAAUCCUAUUUUACCUUAGGUUUAAAUAUCAAUAUUCUAAAUAUUUAAUUAUCUAUCCUCUUAUUAUCCAGCCACUUAAUUUUCGAAACAUAAUGAAGCCUUUUCGAAUAUUGAAAAAACAUGUCGUAAUUUAGAAGAUUUUGCUUGUUAAAAUUAAUAAUUAAGAAUUUAAGAUUGA